GCCGAGAAAUUUUGCCAUGGAAAUUCUUGUGACGUUUUUACGAUUCAUGACUGUGACGUCACUAAGAAACUUUCUGCCCUUCAAUGCUUCCGUCGCCUGCAGCAUCAGCACCGCCUUUCCCCAAAAAUCCCACCAUGAGCACUCUGACCGAUGUCGCAGACGUUGAUACCUGGAUCACAACGCUUUCUGAUUGCAAACAACUCCCAGAAUCCGACAUUGAAAGGCUCUGUGAGAAGGCUCGUGAAAUUUUAAAAGAGGAAUCCAACGUUCAACCCGUGCGCAGUCCAGUGACAGUGUGUGGUGACAUCCACGGCCAAUUCCAUGACCUUAUUGAAUUGUUCAAGAUCGGUGGUAACUCUCCUGACACAAAUUAUUUGUUCAUGGGUGAUUACGUCGAUCGUGGUUAUUACUCUGUUGAAACUGUCACCUUGCUAGUUGCUCUCAAGGUUCGAUACAAAGACCGUGUUACCAUUCUUCGUGGUAACCACGAAUCACGACAAAUCACCCAAGUGUAUGGUUUCUAUGAUGAAUGUCUUCGAAAGUACGGUAGUGCUAAUGUUUGGAAGAUGUUCACGGAUCUUUUCGAUUAUUUACCCCUCACCGCAUUGAUUGAGGAUCAGAUCUUCUGUCUUCAUGGCGGUCUAUCUCCAUCAAUUGAUACUCUUGAUCAGAUCCGUAAUCUUGAUCGAGUGCAAGAAGUGCCUCAUGAGGGCCCAAUGUGCGAUUUGCUUUGGUCAGAUCCUGAUGAUCGCUGCGGUUGGGGAAUAUCACCCCGUGGAGCCGGUUACACUUUCGGUCAAGAUAUCUCAGAAACGUUUAAUCAUAAUAACGGUUUGACGCUGGUUGCCAGAGCACAUCAACUUGUGAUGGAGGGUUAUAACUGGUGCCAGGAUCGUAAUGUUGUGACCAUCUUCAGUGCUCCUAAUUAUUGCUACCGCUGCGGUAAUCAAGCUGCCAUCAUGGAAAUUGACGAGCACUUGAAAUACACAUUCCUACAAUUUGAUCCUGCACCCAGACGCGGAGAGCCGCAAGUUACAAGGAGAACACCAGACUAUUUUCUGUAAAAAAGUUUGUUUUAUUUUUUUCUGUUACUUUUUUCCCUUCAUUUUUUUUUUCUUUUUUUGUUUGAGAGAGGAUGGGUUGCUGCGUCUCCCGCCAUGUCAAAAAUGGGACUAUGCUAUUUUCUUUUUCUUUCUCCAAUGUUUUCAUACUCUUUAUCGUCGAACGCCGUCCCUUUCUGCAUCAAGGAUAUAUUCUCUACAACGCGCGCUGUCUCCGUUCUCUUCUAGUCUUUGUAUUUUCCUCCACCUGUGAACCCAGACUUCUUUCUACAAAUACCUCCUCUGCUGUCCUUGGGAUACUCUCUUAAAUGAAAUCACAAAAAAAACUUCACAUACUAAUCGCUGUGUCUACUUGCCAUUGUUCAUGAAUGAGAUAUUACUGUGAAACGGGAUAGGUACCAAUUC